GUUCCCUGUGUUUUAAGUAUCCCGUCCUGCCGGACCGGGUGUUCCCUCGCUCUUCCUGCGUUGCUGCUUCAUAUACCCACAUACAUCCUUCUCUCCAGCUUUUCCAGCUCAUCAUCGUACGUUUUUUUUCGUUGUGGUAUAUCUCUCAUCAGCUGAUUGUUUCCCCGGGUGUUCCAUUCUCAUUUCUUCGAUUCUCCUUCUGGAAGCCCGGCUUGUCAUUCGAGAGGCUAAUCGAGAAGGACCCAUCAAGACAAUUGGGGCCUGUGAUUGGACACCGAUAGCCCGUUAUCGAUCCCGCUGCCGGAGAAAGGACCACCGCGGUUCAAGAUUCAACAAAUAUUCACCAACCCUCACUUCUUCCUUUUGAGUUUCGAGAUCCUUGUUCUCUUUCCUCACCACCUCAGCGCGCUUUGUACAUUUUUGAGUUUCAGAGACGGUCUUUCCCUUCAUUAAACAUAUUCACAAUGGCUUCACAACGCGGAGAUGCGUUCGACUACGCUCUGAAGUCCAACGAGGCAUGGGCAAAUUACAAAGGUCACCAAAACCCAGCUUUCUUCGAGAAACUCGCAACCGGACAAUCGCCUUCCAUCCUUUGGCUUGGCUGCUCCGAUUCUCGUGUCCCUGAAACCACCCUUCUCGGUCUCCAACCUGGCGAUGUCUUCGUCCACCGCAACAUCGCCAAUAUCAUCUCGCCCACGGACAUCAACUCCAACGCCGUCAUCGAGUAUGCCGUCGUCCACCUGAAGGUCAGCCACAUUGUUCUCUGCGGCCACACAUUUUGCGGCGGUGCUGGUGCCGCAUUGGGCGAUUCGCGGGUUGGUGGGGUUAUUGAUGCUUGGAUUACACCAUUGAGAGCUAUCCGCAAAGCCCACGAUGAGGAAUUGAACGCUAUCAAGGAUAGCGCCAAGAGAGCUGUUCGAUUAGCGGAGUUGAAUGUUGAAGCUGGUGUCCAAGUUCUUUUGAGCAACUUUGUUGUCGAGGAGGCUGUUAAGGAUAGAGGAUUGAAAGUCCAUGGUGCCGUUUACGAUAUUGCUUGUGGCAAGGUUCGGGACCUGAAGUGUGGAAAUUCCGGAUCACUUCCUGGAAGUGCUACAGAGGAGGAGCUGGAGAUCAUCAAGGGCAAUCACGGCAUGUUGGUCUUUGGUGGAGAUGGAGCUAAGAUGGCUAUUCGAUGAACACAGUUUUCACAGAACGAACGACAAAAAUCUUGGGGCUAUCAGGUCACGGUCUAGAGUGAUGAGCGAGGUGUUGUAGAAGGCGUGAAUGGCGUGUUAGACCGAAUACCCUGCAAAUAAUGACGGGAGGUGUUCUGAACAUUGGCUCAGCAGAUUUGCUUGGAGCUGGGCGCUCACUUUGCUUCCACAUUCAAGAACUGGCAAUAGAAUUCUUCUGUAUGCAAUCCCGAAUCCCGAAUGCUGAAGCCCCUUUCCCGUGCCUACGCGGGGCGCGUCCUACAUUCUCAUGCAACUUUCUUCUGUGGUAUCAUGCCGUACACCCGUACAUACCUCUCAUCUAUUUCGUAUCUCGUCAACAUCC